AACUAAGUAGCAGUGAGCAAGCUGAAGAUGAAGUAUCUUCUUGAAAUCACAGCUAACUUGACCCACAUUGUCGAAAUGACUCCUGAAGAUGGAGUUGAUGAUCCAAACAUGCCGUAUUUCUUUCGGCUCAAAUGUGAGAACUGUGACAUUGUAUCGAAAGAACAGUGUGUGUACCCCAGCGAAGUUGUGUACCAUAAACGUAAGAGAGUAAACCACGUUAUAAAGUGCAAGGGGUGUAAAAGAGUAGGAACAGUUAAGUUGGUUCCUGGUUCUGAAUCCGUAUUUACUGCCGCAGCUGCAGCGGGAGGAAUUUAUAUGCCUCUAAUGAUGUUUGAAUGCGAGGGGCUGGUUCCCCAACAAUACGCCUUCAAUGGAGGCUGGAAGCUCACCACUGAUACCGGGGAGGAUAUCAUGGUGAACUUAGUGAACGGCUACUUUGCGGGUAGCGAAGAUGAAUAUGGUGAUAAUCAGCCUGUUGUGGCGAACGUCAGGGGAAGGUUUACACCUCAGUGAGAAUGAGUACUGUGUUAAUGUUUUAAUUAAGUGGGUUUAGGAAAUAAAACUUGCACUGUGCAAGUUAUGUUUAGGCUUUCUUAGUGUGUGUAGUAGCAACUUUG